UGCCAGCAUAGAUAUGUUAGAUGUAAAUGGAUCAAUCUCACUCUACCCAGACACCCAGACCCUCAUUGUCAACCUGUCUGCUAUUUGUAAGAGUGUUAACAUAUCAAUACAUGACUUCCCAGUGACCUAUGGAAUUUUUCAGGACCCAUGCAACAUUCAGAACAUAGGUCCCUCCCUUUAUAAUUUCAGCCUGACCAGUGUUGUAUCAGUACAUUUAGGGGACUGGCUGUGGCCUGUUGGACGCUCUGUAGUGAUAGAAACCUGUGGGCACAGUACCUGUGCUAAUUUUCAUGACUCCCGUGGUUCUGAACAAGUUUGGCAAAUCAUAUUUCAUAGCUUCCUGGUUGGUCAAGUUCACUUGCUGCAAGGAUCAAACCAAACUUCUAUUACAGCUCUCACUGAAUUGGCUUUAUUGGAAGGAAUCCCUUUGUUUGCUGCCUCUUUGUACUUCUCAGAUAAUUGCCUAAGUCAUGAUAGAUAUUUCUUGGGAAAUGUUGGAGUAGGAAACAGAUUUAAUUCUGCUAGGAACCAUAUAGAACUAAAUGUGUCUUCUGUAAUGCCCUUCCUUGUAAUUGAAUAUCAAACCCAGCUGGCAUGUGCAGAGGUGAGGAAUUUGCAGUCUAAGAAGGCAACAGCCCAAUUUAACAUGUUGGGUGUCAAUGGCUCCUUUAUCUUCCAGCAGAAGUCUCCUUUUCACCAAACCCAGUUAAAAAUUGAAUUAUGGAAACUCAGGGGCUUAGCUGACCACUACAGUAUUCAUUCUCUUCCUGUUCCUGCCCGUCAAUAUACCAGCCAGGACCUGUGUGGAGUUAUGGGGACAGGGGAGAUAUGGAAUCCUUUUGCAAUCAGUGAAAACCGCCUUAGAAAUGAAUGGCUAUUGGGUGACCUCAGUGGACGUCAUGGAUCUCUGAAGGGUCGAGAAGAAUUUAAAACUGUACUAGUUGACCAGAAUCUUUCUCUUUAUGGCAUUAACAGCAUCAUAGGCCGGUCAGUUGUGAUAUCUCAGAUAAAUGGCUUGCACUGGGUUUGCAGCACCAUCAGGCAAGAAGGAAAAAUGUUUGUGGCACAAGCCUCUUUCCAUAUGUCAAUUGUUGGUAGAGUAAUAUUCUGGCAGCCUCUAGAAAACCCAUAUGAUCUUUCUAUAUUGAUAGAACUGUCGCCCAUCUCAGGUAUUGCUAGCAAAGACCAUAACUGGCAUGUCCAUGAAUAUCCACUUCAAGGUGAGGAGGAUACUUGUAAUAAUACUGGUGGGCAUUUGAACCCCUACAAGGCGCCAACAGGGUUCAAUUACAGCCAGGCAUGCAAGAAUUCUAGCCCUUUCCUUUGUGAAAUGGGAGAUUUUACAGGAAGACACAUGCCCAUUACUUUUAACGGUUCCAAUCUCACUCGGUACUUUUUCACUGAUACUUUUGCAUCUCUUAAUGGGUCAACUUCUAUUUUAGGUAAACCUUUGGUUAUCCAUGGACCUGAAAGAUCCUUGUCACGUAUAGCCUGUGCCAACAUUAUUCUCAAACACCCAAUGCAGGGAAAGACAGGCCCUUGGUUUGGGUCGGGUGAUGCUCAAGGGGAGCUCAGUGCCUCACAGGCAACUGAUCUGGAUCCCACAUCUAUUCAGAUUUAUUUUCAAGGACUAAAAGGCUAUGCAGGGGGUUUCCAUAUUCAUCUCCUACCAGUCCGUGGAAAUUCAGAUAAUCCCUGCUCAGAUACUCUUAUACAAGGUCACUUUAAUCCUUUUGGGGUCAAUAUAUUAGAUUCCCCAAUCACUGGUAAUGGCACAGACGAUGAGUAUGAAGUAGGGGACAUCAGUGGAAGACGAGGUUCACUUAAAAACAAAGACCAGAUGACCACACAAUUCUUGGACACAAAUUUUCCUCUCUUUGGCACAAACAGUAUCCUGGGACGGUCACUGGUUAUUCACUAUGUCAAUGGAUCCAGAAUGCAAUGUUCCAGCUUCCUUCCUGAGAUGACAACUGAUGGAGAACGGAUUCAAGCCAAAGUUUAUUUUCCUUUUGGAAAUUUCUCUUUUACCCAGAUGGUUUAUUCAGAUGGUGGAUCUAGUGAUACAAUAAUCCUUGUUGAUCUACAAGUACCCUUAUCAGUCCCAAGUAAGGGCUCCAGCCUCACUUGGAACAUUUCUACAUCAUUUUUUGGAGAUGAAGUUUACAACCCCUACGGAAUACCGAAAGUAGUGCAGGAUCCCUCACUGAGCAGCCCUCACAAUCUCCUGCACUGUAGAGUUGGAGACCUAACAACAAAACAUGGAAACAUGACUGUAGGACAAACGUAUCUGGUGACAGACACCAACCUCCCCUUAGCUGGUGACUUUACAGUCCUAGGAAUGUUCCUCAACGUAGGGAUUCCCAGUUACUCUGUCAGCAACCAAAUUCUACCUGAUGUGCCCAUCACCUCUAUCAUGUUCUCAAGGGGAAUCCCAUUUAACAGGUCUGCAUUCCGUGAGACCGUGUCCGUGGCCCUGAGGAUCCCCUCCUGGAAAGUGACAGUGUUACGCAGAAUACAAGAGGUCAAUGUGGAGUGUCAAGAAGUCAAAGUCUUUGUCAUUGGUUUUCAUGACAUAUCUGCUUUAGCCUCAUUACAAACUCAUCAAUCAUUGGUCUCUAUUGGUGCUGCCCCUCAGUGUUUACCAGUGUCUGCUGGAGAUCGCAGGUUAUGGGCACUCACUCAGUUGUCCUAUUUGUCUUCAGUUGUCUACAUCCUGCUGCUGCGAUGAUGUGAUCAUUUUAUCCCAGUGUGUUUAGUGCCUGCAACCCUGAUCUGCCUUAGUUACUGUGAAAUGCUUCUAGUCUGAGUGAAUAAGUUCUCUUCGCCUUCUCCGGUUUAUCAGAGAGACCAUUGUAACUCCUGGGAGGGUUUUUUACAGUGUUCCACCAAAACCAUUACUUUGUAACUGCUAUUCCAUCUAGUAAAUCCCAGUGGCCAUGUUAAUCCUGGUCCUCAGAACACAGUGCACAAACUAUCAAUUCAAAAUUAAGUGGUUGCUAUGGAAACUUCCUUAUCUAACAAUCAUAUACAAAAUGUGAGUUAUCCCAUUAAACCCUUAAGCAUGCAGGAUCUAGACCUUUUUAAACUGUGGUGCCAACAAAAUUAACAUAAAGAUGAAUGUCGAGUCUAAAGGGUCAUAAAAAUUAUUUCUUUUUAGUUAAAUCCAAUCAACCCUUGUUUUGGGAAGGGGCCUAAAAUAGUCCUGACUGCUUGAGAUUUGUAAACUAGAACUGAUUGUUCUUAGGACCUAAUUAAUAAGGUUAAAUUGUAAAAUACAAUUUAUUUUCUGGCUAUAACUGACGAAGGGGCAUGUCCUCAAAAGUAUUGGCAGAUUUAAACUCUCGGUAUGACUUUACUUGUUUAUAUAUAUAUUCUAAUUACUGUUAGAUUAAAGAUUGUCAACAUCGUUUUGUCUGUAUAAAACUGAUAGUUAUUUAGUAAUUAGUACAUGUAUUUUUAGGCAACAACAAAUUAGUGACAGUAGAUAAACUUUGCUUAUAUUUAAACAUAGAAUAAUUAUUUUACGAACUGCUUUACACUGGGAUAAAUAUUUUAAAAUAAAGAAAAUAAAAAAAU